AGAAUGUUGCGCGGAUAAUGGAAAUGGACAAUAAUAACCCCAUGUGCUGUGACAGCCCAGAGAGCUGGACGCGAUCUAUUUUUUAUUCUUCUUCUUAUUUCUGAAUGGAGGGUCAAGCUGAAAACGCGUGCUGUGAGUGCCGGUGGGACUGGACUCUAUUCAGGCUGGGGAUCACUGGUCAGUGAUGGAGCGCAGGGUGAGGUAGCGCAUACCUUGUGUUUUUGUAAAUAGGUUUCGGCGCCGUAGGGUCGUGGUGAACGGGGUUUUUUUACACGGCGCCAUCACAGCUUUUAGAUCACGGACGCGUCGUCGUGACGCUCAACCUUAAUGUUGUAAGCGAGCUUUUUUGCACACAGGACAUAGCAACCAUUUUUAUUUCUCUCCCAUUGACCGAGCGUGCAGUGCAUGUGCUGUAAAACUGUAAAGGAUCUGGUGUACACGCUGCUUUCUCGCCACGCAAGAGACUAUGCGUUAUGCGUGCGCGCGCGCAGCUAUUGCAUCCGCGUAGCCCACCUGUACCUGGCCUAGCGGACAACAUUCAUGUCAGAUCUGUCGCUGUAUCCGACUAAGAUACGGGAGGGAUAGAGGUGGAGGGAGGGAGGGAGCGGGGAUGACGGAGGAGGGAGCGCAUAUCUGCUCCUUAACGCUCGCGUAACUCAAUCCUGUUGAACUGCUGGUAACGAGAGAAAAGCGGCGGUGCGAGGCAGUUUACACGCCUCCGAGCUCCGUUAAUGACAGUGGCAAUAAAAGUGUCCACAGGUGUAAACGACUAAGAGCGUCUAAGAAAUGGUGGGUUUAGUAAGUAGGCUCCUCGGUCACUUAUGAAAUGUCACUUCAUCGCAUCCCAAACUGAAGGAAGUCUCCGGGAGGAGAGCGCGAGGAUCCCUUACAUAAAGCACGUCGGGAUGCGAGAGUCUUGCAGCCGCUCCGGAGGAAGAGGAACAGCGCUCCAAGAGCAGGAUAGCGCAGAAGGACCCAGUGAGCCAUGAGGAAACUGGAGAGCGAGGAGAACUUGCCCCUCAUCGCUUUCAUUGGACGGCAAGACGAGGACCACACACUGCUGUUACGGCGGGUUCCAGCUCGGCUGUGAGAAAAAGAAAAGGAGUGUAAAAGCCAGAGAGGAGGCCAGUGAGUGCUGUAGCUCCUUCUUCUUCUAAUGGACCAGUGGCCGGGGGAGCUAUGCCAGAGCUCGGGCCUUUUCCCCCCACCACGUCUGCUCCUUGCUGAAGCUCCCAGCUGAGUCCUGGAGAGCUGAAGGUGAGCGAGGAAGCCCCAUGCAGGCACGCAAGAAGUAUGUGCUUCUGGGUCUGUGUACGUGCUGCUGGCUGCUGCUCUUCUACUGGGGUGGCCUACACGAGCGGAUCCUGGGCCUGGUGACACGCCGGAGGGUCGAAGUGCUGCGCCCAUGGCCUGACUGGCUGGACCGUGCCCUUUUACCAGCGUACGCCAGCCAUGCAGAGCUGCAGAACGGAGCAGGACCUGGUGAAUCCCCCAUGCUGCGACGCCAGGCAUGGAACAGCAUCUAUAAGGACAGCCGGUGUCGAAUGGAGACAUGCUUUGACUUCAGUCGCUGUCAUGGACGCGAUGGCUUUCGCGUGUAUGUAUACCCACCUGAGAAGGGCGAUCAUGUGUCGGAGAGCUACCGCAAAAUCCUGGCCUCGGUGGCCGAGUCCAGGUACUACACAUCAGACCCACGUGAGGCCUGCUUGUUCGUGCUGGGCAUUGACACACUGGACCGUGACCAGCUGUCGACGCAGUUUGUCCCCAACGUCGACGAGCGAAUCCGUGGCUACCCGCUCUGGAAUGACGGACGCAACCACGUGGUCUUCAAUCUCUACUCAGGCACGUGGCCCAACUACACGGAGGACCUGGGUUUUAACAUAGGCCAGGCCAUCUUGGCCAAGGCCAGCCUGAACACAGAGCAUUUCCGGCCUGGCUUUGACGUCUCCAUUCCUUUGUUCUCGAAAGAACAUCCACAGAAGGGCGGCGAGCGCGGGUGGUUACUGCGCAACACCGUGCCGCCAAAGCGGAAAUAUUUACUCAUGUUCAAAGGGAAACGCUACCUAACGGGUAUUGGCUCUGACACACGGAAUGCACUGCAUCAUAUCCAUAAUGGCAAAGACAUCAUAUCUUUAACGACCUGCCGUCACGGCAAGGACUGGGAAAAGCACAAGGAUGCUCGCUGUGACCAUGACAACCAGGAAUACGAGAGGUUUGACUAUCAGGAGCUGCUCCACAACUCCACCUUCUGCCUGGUUCCUCGUGGGCGACGCUUGGGAUCCUUUCGUUUCCUUGAGUCCUUGCAGGCGGCCUGUAUCCCAGUGUUGCUCAGCAACGGUUGGGAGUUGCCCUUCUCUGAUGUCAUCCAGUGGAACCAGGCAGUUAUCGAGGGAGAUGAGAGGUUGCUGCUUCAGGUGCCAUCUACAGUGCGGGCAGUGGGCAUUGACCGGGUGCUGGCUCUGAGACAACGUACCCAGAUGCUUUGGGAGGCCUACUUCUCCUCAGUGGACAAGAUAGUUCUCACCACUUUAGAGAUCAUUAAGGACAGAGUAUAUGGCCACAUCUCAAGGAAUAAGUUCAUGUGGAAUUCUCUGCCUGGGGGUCUUCUGGUGCUGCCUGAAUACUCAAUCCACCUGGCCCAUUACCCUUUCUACCAUCUGAACCUUGGAGUCAUGCCUGGCCAGGAAUUUACUGCUGUCAUCCAUGCCACAUCUCCGCUGGUUUCCCAGUCCCAGCCAAUUAUGAAGCUCCUGCAGGUGGUAUCCAAGUCAAAAUACUGCUCACAGAUCAUCAUCUUGUGGAACAGUGAGAAGCCGCCCCCUCACCGGAGCAAGUGGCCGCCCAUGCCAGUGCCCCUUGUUGUCACAGAUGGCAAAAGGAAAACAAGCAGCCGUUUCUUGCCGCAUGUCGCAAUUGAGACUGAAGCGGUGCUCAGCCUUGAUGAAGACUCAGUGCUACUGACUAGUGAGGUCAACUUUGCCUUCCACGUGUGGCGGAGUUUCCCUGAGAGAAUAGUUGGAUAUCCACCCAGAAGUCAUUUCUGGGAUCCAGUGAAGAAAAUUUGGGGCUACACCUCCAAAUGGACUAAUGAAUACUCAAUUGUGCUGACUGGAGCAGCUUUCUAUCACAGGUAUUAUCAUUACCUGUUCUCUCAUUAUCUGCCACCUUCAUUACGGGUGUUAGUGGACCGCAGCUCAAACUGUGAAGACAUCCUGAUGAACUUCUUAGUGUCAUCUGUGACUCAUCUGCCACCCAUUAAAGUGGCUCAGAGGAAACAGUAUAAAGAGAUGCCUAGUCCACAGAGCACCAACAUGGCCCCCUGGGCAAACCCUGAGCACUUUACCCAGAGACAAGAGUGUAUAAACACCUUUGCUAGCUGGUUCGGCUAUAUGCCCCUGGUGCACUCGCAGCUCCGUCUGGACCCUGUUCUUUUCAAGGACCAUGUGUCUGUCUUGCGCAAGAAGUAUAAGGACCUUGAGCGUGCUUGAGCCACACAGAGAGCGCAGACAUCGACUUUCAAAGUCACCUCAGCCUCGAUCAAAUAUGAAUAAACUCUGCAAGAGUUACCCUUGAGCCUUGGUGGUGUUAAACUAAGAGGGACCGCUUCCAACCUACUGAAUUCUGCCUGGAAUUUUGGACUGGAUCUUGACAGAAAGCUCAGUUAAAUUAAAAUUAAGAAAUAAAAUAAAAAAAUAAAAUAAAAAAAAAACAGCCUCUAUGCUAUCAGAUUGCACUGGCUGCCGUUUCACUUCCGGUUUGACGUUAGCACCUAGUGAGAGGCUAAUAGUACCAUGGACUAACACAUUACCGUGUGGUUGUGGAGUCAGUCAAUAAGUAACUUGACUCAAUAUAUGAAGCUGUACGUAC